CCAGCGGAGAGAGGCCGGUCGGCGCGAGCCUGGCACGGGAGGGCCCCGCACCGGCCCCGCGCCCCGGAACAGCCGGUAGUAGCCGUUUUUUUCCUCCCUCUUCUCCCUCUCCCUCGCCUCUUUCCGCCCGGCUUUGUGUGAAGUUUGCGGCACAUUGCAGAUGAGCCCUUAGCGGCGAGAGGAGCCUAUUGUUCCCCGCCAGGAACUGCUUGCUGGGGCUGUGCUGGCUUUUGCCUUUGGAGCUGCCUCCUGCAGUACCGGAACCGGCCUCCGGGGCCCGCUGUGUCGCGCUCUCGUCCAGGCAGAAGCACGGCGGCCUCAGAUCUUUUUGUCUGAGCGAGAAGAGAAGUGAAUCCCGCUGCCGCCGCCACCGCCGCCGCCGCCGUAGCUGUACAGUGUGUGUGUGUAAGGGAGCGAGCGAGGGAGCGAGCGAGCGAGGGAGGGAGAUCGCAUGGAGCCGCGGCUGUAACACACACACACUGUCAAUACCUCACUCCGGCUCCCCCCCCGCCCCACCACAACAGUAACCCAAUUCAUUGUGUGAUCCAGCAGCACCAUGUUGAGUCUCAUGUGCAGGCUGGAUCGGCUGGGUUUGUGGUGCUGAGAGAGGCAGCAGCCGCGGGAGGAGGAAUUACUGAGAGGUGCCCCUCUCCCUCCCUGCCUCUUCGCCCGUGUGUUGUGUGGAGACAGGACUCGCAAUUACCACACUCUCGGGGCUCCCUUAUUCCUUUUAAACUUUUUUUUAAACAAGCCCCUCUCCAUGGCUGAUCCCCGGCCGAGCACGGGCACCUGGGUCUCUUAAAGACAAGGAGGAGCCGGGGAUUGUUGUUGUUGUCGUCGGCCGUUUUUUUUUUUUUUUAAUUGGAUUUUUUUUUUUACGAGAACCUUUUUUAUUACAAAAAUGGCAAAUUCGACGGGUAAAAACCACGCAGACCAGCGGAGAAAGGGACUCGCUUUCCUGGACGAGCUGCGGCAGUUUCACCACAGCAGAGGGUCUCCUUUUAAGAAGAUCCCCGUGGUGGGUGGGAAGGAGCUGGAUCUUCACGCUCUCUAUACCAGAGUCACCACUUUAGGCGGAUUUGGGAAGGUAUCAGAGAAGAAUCAGUGGGGAGAAAUUGUAGAAGAGUUUAACUUUCCCAGAAGUUGUUCUAACGCUGCCUUCGCUUUAAAACAGUAUUACUUGCGUUAUCUAGAAAAGUAUGAAAAAGUCCAUCAUUUUGGGGAGGAGGAUGAUGAGGUACAGCCAGGCAAUCCAAAGCCACAACUUCCUAUUGGUGCAAUUCCAACUUCCUAUAACUACCAGCAACACAGCGUGUCAGAUUAUCUUCGUCAAAGCUAUGGGCUGUCUAUGGACUUAAACUCACCAAAUGACUAUAAUAAGUUGGUGCUUUCACUAUUAUCUGGACUCCCAAAUGAAGUGGACUUUGCAAUUAAUGUGUGUACUCUCCUUUCAAAUGAAAGCAAGCAUGUUAUGCAGCUUGAAAAGGACCCUAAAAUCAUCACUUUACUGCUUGCAAAUGCCGGGGUGUUUGAUGACACUUUAGGAUCAUUUUCUGCUGUAUUUGGAGAAGAAUGGAAGGAGAAAACUGAUAGAGAUUUUGUUAAGUUUUGGAAGGAUAUUGUUGAGGAUAUUGAAGUUCGUGAUCUAAUUUCUGACAGAAGCAAAUCUCAAGAUAUUCCAUCAGAAGAGUGGAUUUGGGAAUCCUUAUUUCAUCCACCUCGCAAAUUGGGCAUUAAUGAUAUUGAAGGACAGCGGGUACUUCAGAUAGCAGUGAUUUUACGAAAUCUUUCUUUUGAAGAGGGAAAUGUUAAACUUCUGGCAGCUAAUCGUACUUGUCUUCGGUUCCUGCUCCUCUCUGCUCACAGUCACUUUAUUUCUCUACGGCAGUUGGGGCUUGACACGCUGGGAAAUAUUGCAGCAGAGCUUCUUUUGGAUCCUGUUGAUUUCAAAACUACUCAUCUAAUGUUCCACACUGUUACAAAAUGCCUCAUGUCAAGGGAUAGAUUUUUAAAAAUGAGAGGCAUGGAAAUCUUGGCAAAUCUUUGUAAGGCUGAAGAUAAUGGUGUCUUAAUUUGUGAAUAUGUGGAUCAAGAAUCCUAUAAAGAGAUCAUAUGUCAUCUCACACUACCAGAUGUGCUGCUUGUAAUCUCAGCACUUGAGGUGCUAUACAUGCUCACAGAAAUGGGAGAAGUGGCCUGCUCAAAGAUUGCUAAAGUAGAGAAGAGCAUAGAUACGUUAGUAUGUCUGGUUUCUAUGGACAUCCAGAUGUUUGGACCUGAUGCUCUUACUGCUGUAAAGCUCAUUGAACAUCAGUGUGUUACCCAGCAAGGAAUACUUGAUGUCAGACCACAGGUAAUGGAUCAUGGUUCUUCACAGGCCCAUGCAGCAGGUGUCCCAGCCUCUAGGACUGCUCCACAUGUUGCUCCACCUCCAGGAAUAGUGGAAAUAGACAGUGAGAAAUUUGCAUGUCAAUGGUUGAAUGCCCAUUUUGAAGUGAACCUUGAUUGCUCAGUCUCUCGAGCAGAAAUGUACUCUGAAUACCUCUCUACUUGCAGUAAAUUAGCUCGAGGUGGAAUCCUAACAUCAACUGGAUUUUAUAAAUGCCUGCGAACUGUCUUUCCAAAUCAUACAGUGAAGAGAGUAGAAGAUCCAAGUAACAAUGGUCAAGCACAUAUACAUGUGGUAGGAGUGAAAAGGAGAGCUAUACCACUUCCCAUUCAGAUGUACUAUCAGCAGCCACCAACUUCGUCUACCCCAGUUGUCCGGGUUGAUUCAAUUCCUGAUGUGUCUUCGUCUCCUUUGCCAGCAGGAAUCCCGCAUGGGCUACCAGGUGUAGGAAAUCACUAUCAGAGGACCCCUAUUAACCAGUCUUCAACUUUGACAGCAACACAGAUGUCUUUUCCAAUUCAAGGUGUUCACACUGUGGCACAGACUGUUUCCAGAAUUCCACAAAAUCCUUCUAUUCAUACACAACAAAAUGCUCCAAUGACUGUUAUACAGAAUAAAGGUCCAAUACCCUGUGAAGUAGUGAAGGCCGCAGUAAUACAGAGCUCUGUUCCUCAGUCUGCAGUUCCUGUUCCUAUUGCGGUAGGAGGAGCUUCUAAUCAAAAUCACAGCACCACAGGCCAGCAGCCGUCUGUUACAGUUGUGAGUUCUCAGAUGCUUCACCACCAACCUGUAAUUCAACAGCAGUCCCCACUGCACGCAGUGGUACCAGGACAGAUACCUUCAGGCACUCCUGUUACGGUAAUUCAGCAAGCUGUCCCUCAGGGUCACAUUUUUGGCAGAGUACAAAACCUACCAGCAUGCAGUUCAGCAGUUUCACAGGGUCAACAGCUGAUCAGCACAUCAUCACAACCUGGGCAGACGUCUUCUCAGCAGUCCUCUGCGGGUAACCAGCAACAAGAUACAGUCAUCAUUGCACCACAGCAGUAUGUCACCACCUCUGCAUCUAACAUCGUUUCUGCCACCACAGUUCAGAAUUUCCAAGUAGCAGCUGGGCAGGUGGUUACGAUUGCAGGUGUUCAGAACCCACCAACAUCUAGAGUAGGGUUUCAGAAUAUUGCACCGAAGCCUCUGCCGUCUCAGCAAGGUCCCCCUGCUGUGGGGCAGCAGCCACAGCAGCAGCCUCCAGCGCCGUCCCAGCAAAGUGUAGUGAUAGUAAGCCAGCCAGCUCAGCAAGGUCAGGCAUAUGCACCAGCCAUUCAUCAAAUUGUGCUUGCUAACCCAGCUUCUAUUCCUGCUGGCCAAACUGUCCAGUUGGCUGGACAGCCGAGCAUUACUCCAUCAUCUUCACCAUCCCCAGGUCCGGUUACAAAUAAUCAAGUCCCUACAGUUAUGUCAUCUUCAUCUACCACUCCUCAGUCACAAGGACCCCCUCCUACUGUUAGCCAGAUGCUUUCUGUAAAGAGGCAGCAGCAGCAGCAACAUUCACCAGCAUCGUCACAGCAGCAGGUACAGGUACAACAACCGAUGCAAAUGCAAGUUCAGUCACAACAAGCUAAUACAGGAGUUGGCCAGCCCAACUCUGGUGAGUCUAGCCUGAUAAAACAACUGCUUCUUCCAAAAAGAGGCCCCUCGACACCGGGGGGGAAGCUUAUACUCCCAGCUCCACAGAUUCCUCCACCUAACAAUGCAAGAGCUCCUAGCCCUCAGGUGGUUUAUCAGAUGGCCAAUAACCAGACACCAGGUUUUGGAGUCCAAGGACAGUCUCCAGCUCAGCAGCUGCUAGUGGGACAGCAAAAUGUUCAGCUGGUCCCGGGUGCAAUCCCACCCCAAGGGGCAGUGCAAACAGUACCCAUUUCUAAUUUACAGAUAUUGCCAGGCCAGUUGAUCUCGAACAGCCCAGCAACUAUUUUCCAAGGGACUACUGGCAACCAGGUUACGAUAACAGUUGUGCCAAAUACGAGUUUUGCUACUGCAACUGUGAGUCAGGGAAAUGCAACUCAGAUCAUUGCUCCAGCCGGAAUUUCAGUGAGUGGAGCACAGACAGGAGUUGGGCUACAGGUGCAAACCAUUCCAGCUACUCAAGCACCUUCAGCUGGACAAUCACCGUGUACUGCUGCUCCCCCAUUCAAAGGUGAUAAAAUAAUUUGCCAAAAGGAGGAAGAAGCAAAGGAAGCAACAGGUUUACACAUUCAUGAACGUAAAAUUGAAGUUAUGGAGAAUCCUUCCUGCCGAAGAGGAGCUGCAAACACCAGCAAUGGGGAUGCAAAAGAAAGUGAAAUGCAGGUGGGAAGUCUUUUAAAUGGGAGAAAGUAUAGUGACUCCAGUCUACCUCCUUCUAACUCAGGGAAAACACAGAAUGAGGCCAAUCAGUGCUCACAAGUCAGUAAUGGGCCAUCAUUAGAAAUGGGUGAGAACGGAGCUCCUGGAAAGCAGAACUUUGAACAAACGGACACACAGGAAAUUAAAAGUGAUUUGAAGAAGCCCCUAGUUAAUGGAAUCUGUGAUUUUGAUAAAGGAGAUUGUUCUCAUUUGAGCAAAAACAUUCCAAAUC